CAUUGAUUUACCAUUUUUGGAAAAAAAAUCGUGACCAAUUCUAGGGUGAGUCGAUUCUGAAAGCAGAAGUUAUCCUGCAAAAAGUAAAGUCACAGCGGACGAGAAGAAGUUGCACGCGUCAGCACUUCUUGUUGGUUCUUACCGAGAGGUCGAGAGUAAGAAUCGGACAACUCCUUGUCUGUACAGAAACAUCGAGUCCUUUUUCAGAAAACGAUAAAGGUGUCGAAAAUAAAUCGAAGAUGAGCAGCCGACGCAAUAGGAGCGGUUGGUCGCUGAUGCGCGGCAACGGGGAAGUGUCCUCAAUUGAGAAUUCGCCCACAAAGCAGUCGGAGAAGGGGUCUUCUGACGAGGAGAGCGACGUUUCGCUCAUCGAUUUGCAGGGCGACUACGAGACGCUACUCGCCGAUCAUGUGGACCAUGACCAGCAGAGCAGUUCGGCUUCUUCCACGACUUCUUCACAAGGCGCUGGUGGAGAUGAACAACAAGCUACCACUAACAAGGCCUCCUCGCUGGUGCGCAACACGAAGACGGUGGUCCAAGAGUUUGCCAGCAAGACCAAAAACUUGUACCAGAAGACGGCCAAGGAUCUGUUCCACGUGAAUAAGAAGAAGACCUGCAGUCCGGAAAGCGUCCAGGACUUUCUCGAGCUCGUGGAAGAGAAGCUGAAAAAGGAGUUGGUGGUGGAGAAGGAGAAGUUGCUGAAAGAGCAGCAAGCGAAAAAUAAAUCCUGGUUCUCCUGGAUGCCGUUCACGAAUGAGGGCGGGAACAAGGUGAACCCGCCGGCCCCGCAGAAGGACUACCCUGAUAUGACGCCCGCUUUUUCCGCUAUCGUGCAGAAAGACAUCAAGGCGACUGCAGGAGAGCAGCAAGUUGGAGACAGCUCGGUCCGGAAGCAGUUUGCGAAGUUCCUGGCGUUCUUUGUUACCGUGUUCUGUGCCACGAAGGGAAAAUGCUGUCUGGCCAAGCAGAAGGCGGGCGAGUAUAAAAAUUUGAAGAUGAUUUUUCAUUUUUGUUUUUCGUAUGCAAAGAAAUGCAAGUGGUGAUGAGGUCCUGCAAAGCAGCGAACUCGUUUGUGGUCCACCACCGAGGCCUUCGUAUUAAAUGCUGAAAAUGUUGUAAAUGAAAUAUCAAAAAACCCUCACAGCGCCAAGGACAUGCUGAUCGCCUUCAUCCGGCAGCAGACCGACCUGUUUAUGGAAGCGUCAGGUUUGAAAUCGUCAAAGUUGAAAUAGUUUGUCAUGCAUAAAAUGGAUGCCAGUUGGAAGCCAGUUUGUAAGUGGCGCAUGACAAAUUUCGGUGGUCCCUAAAUCCAAACUGUCAUGCUGUUUAGGCAAAGAAGAGUGAUUUUUUCAUGCUACUUUAGCAGCUCGAGCUGUAGCCCCAAACAGGCUUACAAUCGGCCUCACUUGCCUGCUCUGCAACGCACGCAUCUCGGGUCAUGCAUUUUAUGCAUUACAAAUUAUUUCAACUUUGACGAUUUCAAACCUGACGCUUCCAUACUGUUGAUCAUGAAAUUAAAAGCCGCCACCAUCAACGCGGACGAGAAGACCCGCAUGGCGGUUUCGCAGAUCUGCGUCACGCUCAAGGCUUCCUCGGAGAAGCUGAUCGCCUGGAUCAAGCGGUUGACCUGUCGGUACGUGGUCCCAGUGCGGUCCCGGAUCAUCGCCGGCUGCCAGACCUACUGCGCCUUCAUGGACCGCGUGGCCGGGAAGGGCUACAAGUGCCUCUGCUACAUCGCCCUGUCCACGAAAAAGUUGGCCUCCAAGCGCGCCGCCAGGAAACUGCAAUUGGAAGCGGAGGCAGCGGCCGUUGCGGGAGAUGAGGUCGUAGAAGAAGGCUACGUCAAGGUCGAGCAGAAUUCUUCUUCCCCGACUAGCACAACGACCACUUCUGAGGAGCUGCAGGUUGCUGCUCCGGCCAGCACUGGGGUACUACAGUUAUACAAUUUUUGUGGUUUUCGCACUUUUGAUGUCGAACGUUAACGUAGAAGUUAUGCUCUCAGUCUGAACAACAUGCUUGGAAUUUGAAAAUGCAGCCAUUAUCUUCACUCUCUCCGCCAAUCCUCUUUACUGAACUCCAGGUCGUUUCCACCGCCAAGACCCUGGCGGCCAAGAAGAUCCGUAAAGCGUACAAGAAGUGCGGGCAGUUUUGCGCGCACCGUGUGCGUCUGGCGAAAAAAUGCGUCCGCGGCCCGCGCCGCAGCCUGCUCCGCUCCGUCCACAAGGCGUUCGGGAUGCUCAAGCGGAUGCAGUGCUGCGUGUUCCGCGCGGUGAUGCAGCAGGUUUGCAAAUUUUCCGCCAAGUCGGCCGAAAUCUUCGGCAACUACGAGACGGCCUCUCGCAGCGAGAAUCUGCGCGCGCUGCGGGACACCAUCAAACAGCACCUGGAGAACCCGCAGUUCGAUAACAUGAACAACUUUUUAGCCGGACCUUCCGCCGCGGAAAAGAGCGGCGCGGUUGCCUGUACUUCUAUGUCUGCUUCUUCGUCGGGUUCUUGCAAGGGCUCUUCCUGCACCAAGUCCGUGAAAAACGCAAACCGCAUGCACAUGAUGGCGUUGUUGGUUGUGGUGUUCGCCGUACAGUCGCGUCUGCUGAUGCUGUCCAUCGUGGCCGACGCGCCCUCCGAGAUGACCGAUGUCUGCCCGCUCCGGCGGUCGGGAACCAGCCUGUUUUACGCCACGACCUCGUCCUGGGGCAACCCGAUGGAAGAGCUCGCCGCGCCGACGGGCAGCACCGGCCAGGAUGACAUCGGUAUUUACUUAGUUUUUUUCAUUCGCUGUUGUAAGUUCCGAAUCGGAUCCGGGGCGACAUCUUGAUUGAUGAUCUGUAACGCCUAGGCUCGCACCGUGACCUCCACGCGCUUAUUUCCACUUUUGGUACAGAACCUGAUUAUUUGAAAUUGCAGUGCAGCGAACGGAAUGGAAAUCGAAAAUGAAAAUCCGUAUACAAGAACACCAAAUUAAUAAUACAACCAGAUCUUUCCGCGUUCCGCGCCGCCUUGUUUGGUGAAGACAAGAAGUGCCGCCGUGGCGUUUUGGACGCGCGGAAGCAGGUUGAAGCUCAGGUGGGUGCGCAGAACUUGGAAUCCUGCCCGCAGAACUGGACCCUGAAGGGCGCCUGGACCACGAGCACCACGACGAACCACUCCAAAGCGGCCAUUUUCCCGGUGGGUAAGUUUCUGCAGAAGUCGGCGAUCGGUCUGGUUCGCGAGUACCUGCAUUCCCAGAUGAUGUUGUGGAAGCAGGGCGCCCGGAUGCUGAACACCAGCUCGACGGAGCUGCAUCAGACGUCGUCCUCUGCGGUCGUCGCUUUUCAGAACGAGGCGCAGGCCCGCUCUAAUCACUGUGUGGUUUUGCCGCACAUGAUGGCUGAAGGUGAGAACAAGACGAGCAAAACGAAUUUCGGCUCUUUGUACGCAGCCUCCAGCUCUCGCCGGGCGGGCCGCCGCAACGCCCAGCAGAACUUCACGCGCGUGGGAGGUUCUUUCACGAACACUAGUACUCCCACCCAGGGAACUACCGGCUCGAUCGAGACCAAGCAGGAGUUCAUUUUCAAGAUGCUGAAGCGCCGCGAGACCAACCGGAUUCUGAACUCCCGUAGUACUAACAAUCGCCACGUCCGCUCCAUCGGCGGCUCAGCAUCUUUCUCGAUGAACGCGCGCCGGGCCAGCGUGCGUCGCGCCCAGCGCCGCGCGAGGACCGCCCAGCGGACCGCGGGACAGAAAUCCUCGGUGAUCGUGCCGGUGUAUCACCCCGUGAGCCGCCGCAGCCCGCUGCCGCCAACGGUGGACGACUUGCGCGACUUUCCGGAACAGACCUGCACCGCCAUGCAGAAAAACUACAACAAGGACGACGCUGCUCUGAUGCACGUCUUCCAGAGCAUGGCUAUGAGCAAGCCGGGACGAGGCAGUGGUCGUACCAGUUCCAGAGUCGUGGUCCCCCGAGCACCCGUUGCGGACCCGCCUUUGGACAAACAGAUGGUGAAAGCGAUGAAGGUAUCAAAUGCAAAAAUGUCUGGGUCUGGAAACGUGUGAUGCUAAAAUGUGGAUGAUAGAAACAGUGUCGAGCGCAACCUAGCAUGACAACUUUCCAGAACGCUUUCUCAUAGGCAAUCCGCAUGAGAAGCUGCGUUUUUGCGUAUAAAAAAAGAGGCCGCGACUUUUGUUGUUUAUGCAAUACAGAUUUCCUAACUACGGAAAGCUAGCAUUACAAGUUCCAACCUUCUAGACCCAGACAUAUUUGCAAUGCAUAGAGGGCCCUCGAGGUGCGCCGCACGCUGCGCCAGCGCCGUCGCGCGACAAACACGCGGGGUGGUGGAAACAAGCAGAAUGGUGUGCGGAAGAACCAGACGGCGAGCAGUCAUGCGAUCUACUACCCGGCGCUGCCUUUGCCGCAAUUCCGCCCGACGAUGCCGGUCUACGUGGCCACGAGCAAGAACAACAGCCACCAAGUGGUGGUGUACAAGGACAAGGCUCGGGUACAGGAAGACGACAUCAAGUGCAAAUGGCAGUUGAUGGAGCGGAAGAAGAAGGUACUUUUAUCAAAAAAGUGCUUUAAUCUUGACAAGUAUAAUUCUCAAUCGGUAUAACUUUUCCUCGAACUCCACAGAACGUCGAUCCAAGAUGAAUAAAUCCAUUAACUUCUUCUCCCCCACUUAAUCAACCUCAGGCCGCCCAGGAGGAGAAGUAUUUUCUCGCUCCUCGCACCUCGUUCCUUGCCGACGAGGACUCGUUCGCCCCUCCCGCGUCGACCGCCGCUCGCCCGAGCAAGCCGACCUCCUAUGCAAUGCAAAAGCAUCGUACUAGUACAAAUUGCAUUACAAAUUUGCUCAGCAUGAAGAACGCAAUUUGUAAUGCUGUUUUACCCUAGGAGGAAGAUUUGUCAUGCAUAUUUGCAAUUAGUCCGAGCGCGAUACUUUUGCACUGGAUACCUCCAGUACCACCGCGACGUUGACGCCGCGGACGACUUAUGAACUGCAAAAGUAUCGUACUCGUAUUGCAGUCAUGCAUUACAAAUCUUUUUCUUAAGGUAAAUCCGCAAUACAAAUUUUAUUUCUCAUGCUGAGGAAAUUUGUAUUGCAUUUAUACGAGUGCGAUACUUUUGCAAUGCAUACGACUGUGGUGACCACGAGCACCACCGGCCCGCUGUUUCCGAAGCUCGAGCAGAAGAAACUGAUGCUCCUGCCGGAGAACAAGAAGCGGAUCUACCCGGCCAGUAGCCUGCUGCACAUAUGCAUUGCAAAUAUGUCUGGGUCUGGAAGAUUCUAAACUAACUUGUGAUGCUGUCUCUGGAUUCUAAAAAAAUUUGUAUUGCAUGACCAGCACGAGGACUCCAGUUUGUGCUACGCGGAGAGGGCAUUUCCCAUGCGGUAGAGGCAUCGCAAAGUCCUCUAAAGAUCUGUGAUGCUAGGGCAUGCGUCACAGAUAUCAUGGGUCAUUCAAAAUAUGCAUGACAAACCUGGCAAUCUUCCAGACGCAGACAGUUUUGCAGUUGAUAGCACACGAACAAAAACAAUUCCACCAGCGAGGCAGUUGGUAACACCUCUACUUCUACCGCGACUUCGACUGCUAGCACGACCCCCAAGGCCGCCAAGGCGGCAGGUGGUCCGCCGCACUUUUACAAGAUCGCGCAGGCGUAUGGGAGUGCACAACUCCUCCUCCCCCCUCAUUUGUAUAGCAUGAACACACAGCAAUACAAACAUUAGCACACGUGAAGCCUGUGCAUGACAAAUUCAUGCGCCUAGUGCAGUACUGUUUGGGCUUCCGGAAUCUGUCAUGCAAACAGUGCCACAGGGAAGCACUUGGGUUUGCGGUUUUGCAUGACAAACGAGAGGGAGGGGGAGUUGUGCACUCUCAUAAGGCGCAGCACAACUACCGGCGUUUUAUCUUCUCCAGCUCCUACCACAUGAGCGGCCUGGGUACCAGCAACCCCUACGGAAUGUCCUCGCCCCGCGAUCAUCAUUCCGGCGCGGACAUGAUAUGCAAUGCAAAAGUAUCGUACUCGUAUAAGUGCAUUUACAAAUUUCCUCAGCGUGAGAAAUAGAAUUUGUAAUGCGGAUUUAACUUAAAAGAAAGAUUUGUAAUGCAUGACUGCAAUGAAUACGAGUGCGAUACUUUUGCACAGGAUACAUGAUGGGCGGCGAAAACGAGCAGGAGUGCAAGAACUACGAGGGGCCGCUGUACAUCGACGCGCAGAUGCCCACGGAAAACGUAUCGAGUGCAAAAAUGUCUGGGUCUGGAAGAUUGCGAGAUUUGUCAUGCUUGUCUCGCAUGACCAAAGAGUUUGUGAUGCGUGUCCAAGAAGAGACCCUUUUGCCUGUCAUGCAAAAACGCAGUUUGUCAUGCGAAAAACGCAACAAGAUAUUUCUCAUGCUUGGCUGUGCAUUAGUACAGAGCAUUCAUUUUCAUUCUUCCCAACGCAGCAUUACAAGUUUCCAGCGCAGACAUUUUUGCAAUCCAUAAAACGUCCCGGUGCGCAACAUCACCGCGGCCCGGGAAGCCUACAUGAAGGUCAUCGGGGUGUCCUGCUGCGCAUAAAGCGAAAAUACAUCGCGAAGCAAGGCAUCAAGAAGGAGCAUGAUCUAAGAAAGACGAGGAGCAGGAAAAAGAAUACGAAACACAAACAGGAACUGAAGAAAUAGAGACGCAAAGAGAUCUGGCGAAAAGGUUGGUGGAGAUGAGAGAUGCAGCCAGAUAACCUUGAUGUUCUCAAAUAACCGGCACUUAAAUCAGUAGGUGACUUAAAGUCUCAGUCUAUCUCUAUUACAAAUGUAAUUAUCUCUAGUGUUAUACAAUUUUGUCUUGUUAACAAUCUAACAAACCCUCUUUUAUUGUAACAACUGUUUCGCUCUACCAUCUCGUUUCGACUAUUUUACAACAAUUACAAUUUUAUUCACACCUGAUUUACUGGUAGGGUUGUACCCUAACUCUUGUUCUUUAAAAUUCUUCAAAUGAACCCGCGCGACAGGAAUCCUGUCAAUCUAUUCAUCGUUCUUCCCUGAAAAAAUGUACCUCUGUAAAAUUAUUAUGUGUUUCUCGACACAAAAAAAUGAACCGUGACCAAACUCCAUAUCAAAACUAGUACCGGGAACAAGUCGUGUAUUAUUUACCGUUUCUAAAUUGAUGAAAAAAUGAAACUGUAAAAAGUUGUGCAGCACCAGGAGUAAAAAAUAGGUACUAAUUUGAGAAUUCAGGUACUACGGCAUCUCUUUGAAAAAUCUUGAGUACUACAAUUUUUGGACUUUUGAGAAAACUAACGAACUACUCAGAUAUCUUGAAGCAGAAAUAAAAAUAAGACGAAAACAAAUCAUCUAUGCGGAUCAUGAGGAGGAAGCUGACCUCUGAAAAACUUUUUACCGGCACACAACAUCAACAGAAAACCAGUGUAACAAAAGACGAAGGUAACGUUUACAUCAGGUCAACCGCAACUACUAUUAAAUUUUCUCUCGAACAAUAAUUUUCCAUCGCAUAUAGGUCGUGUGUAGCUAGAGCGUAUUCAUCAAAUUAUCGAGACCUCCAAGGCGUUUCUUGCUGGCUCGCUAUUGCGAUGCCCACAGAAGCAGGUGAAAAGAAAAGGAGCGUCAACACGAUAGUGGACCUCGCUUUGGUUCCUUGAAAAAGGACCUGAGUGGAGUCUUUGUCGUGUUGGAGAAAUACGAGGUUAAAAACGCGAAGAGCCUCCUAAUAUGAGCUGCUUGCACGAUUCUAUCAGCUUUAGUCUUCCAGUUCUUUGCAACGAAAAAUAUGACACUCUAUACUAUUUUCACGAACUGAAUCUAGCGACGAACUUAUUUGGGAUAUGGACAGAAGUUGAGUAGUCCAAAACAUCAGAACUACAACCAGUACUAGUUUCAAAUGAAUACAACCAAAUAUAAAUUCCAGAGCUUUACAGUAUCACAAGCGAACUCUAGACAGUUAUGAAAUUUUCGGGCACAAAACAACUAAACCUAUUGAUGUAAUAGUUCUUACGGCCACGCGCUAUUGUAACUGUCUUUAGAGUUGUUGUCUAGUUCAAGAUAAUUACCUACAAAAUUAGAACUUCCUUUAAAUUUUUCGCCUGCCGUUUACGCCAGCAGCAAUAUAUGCCACAUUGUCAGCACUACAUGAGAGAAUAUGAAAUGCCUCCAGGCAGUGCCUGUUUUGCUGUAUUGAUAGAAUUUUCAGGAGGACGCGGUCUGGUUUUGGGGAGAUUGAUUUCACCCUGCUAUCAUUCCGUUCCCGAAGACAAGUAGAAGAAGUUCCUGGAGAUCUUCUUCACCGACGAUAAACCUCUCUAAACCUAAUACUACACGAGCCGUCGCACGAGCUAUGGUUCCAGUCCUCCGCGAAAGUCAGAACAUCAACAGUCCAUUUCAACUAAACAAAUUAUCAAAGUAAAGCAGGUCGUUCUGUA